GUUCAGCAAUUAGUUUUACUUUCUUAUUUUUUCGUUUUUGUUUUUCUUUUGUUCGAUACACUUCUUUUAUAUCUCCAAGAAUAAUUUAUUGAUAUCUUACUUUCUAAAUGUCUCUGUUCAGUAGAAAAAUUAAUCAAAAAUACAAUUUUAGUUCUUUGAGUGACUCAAGUGCAACUCUAGAUUCAAGUAUUCGUUUUUCAACAACGUCAUCAAAUUUUUCAGGUAUCUCUACCUACUCCAUAAAUUCAACAACAACUGCAAACCAGUCUAUUGUUCAUAAGUCAAAUCUUUUCCCAAAUUCAAAUCAAAAUCAAAAUCAAAAUCAAAAUGUACUGCUGCUAGUAUCUAACUCUAAGACAAUAGACAUAAACAAGGAUUUGAACUUUACUUUAGCCCUAUCGAAAAAUUUAGCUAUUGAAUCUAGAAAAUUGCAGGUUGAUAAUUUUAAAAAUUUAAAAAAAAUCAACUCCUUGAAAAAAGAAGUUAAAGAACUAAAAAAGAUAAAUGAAACUGAUUUUUCCUGCAAAAUUCGAGAUUUAACAAAUUCAAACAAUAAUCUAAACCUAAAAAUUUUAAAUUUAAACACCACAAUUGACAAAUUAACUUCUGAAUUAUCAAUAUCUCAAGAUUCUUAUAUUCUAUUAAACUCUCAAUUUAACAAUUAUAAGUCAAAUACAACCAAUAACUACGAUGAGUUAAACAAAAAAUAUAUUGCAUUAAAUAUUGAGAAUCAAAAUUUAAAUGUGAAAAUUGAAGAUCUUCAAAAUUUAAAAAGAAUUGAAAAGGAGUCAAUUAACAUUGCGAUAAUAGACCUAGAAAAAAACGUCUUAAAACUAUCUCAACAACUUAAUCUGAAAAAUAACGAAAUUCAAAAAUUAAAUAAAAAAUUAAACUAUUAUCAAAACGAUCAAGAAUUUACUGAAAGUUUAGUAGAAAAUUAUAUUCAUCAAAACAACCUAAUUUUAUUAAAUUCAAUUGAUUAUAACCAAUUAAAACAAAUUCAGUAUCAAUUUCAAGUACAGCUUAAAAAUUUAAAUACCCCUAGAAAUCUAGAUGAUGAAAUGCUUUUAUCUGAUAAUGAAUCAUUUAAAUCAACUAAUGAUAGUGAAUAUAUUGGCGAAAAUAAAUACAUAAUUGAAUCCAACAUCAUAAAUAAUUCAUCUAUCCUAAAAUCUGACGAUAGCAAUAAUAACCAAAACAAUAAUGAUAUUGAUAAAAUAAAUCAUAUUGAUAAUAGCGACAAUAUUUCUAACUUGAACGCUAAAGAUCUCAGCGAUAUAAACAGAAAAUCUUUAAAAAUGACUUCCAAAUUACUUGACAAUGAAAAUUCUCACUUGAAAGCAAAUAUUAAAAGCUUAGAAAAAAAACUUGACACAAUUUCAAGUGAAUAUGAUCAAUUGCUAAACUCAAAAUCUUUGAUUAUUGAAGAAAAAGAUAAGCUAUCAAAGGAUUUAAAGGAAUUAACAACAAGAUUUAACUCUUUAUUUCUGAGAAAUGUCACUUUAAAAAACCAAAAUAAAGGUCUAAAUUCUGAAUUGAUUGCAUCCAACUGCGAAAAAAACACCUUAUCAAUCAAAAAUAAACAACUUGAAACUGAAAUCAAGGAGCUAUCAAAUAAAUUUGAAAGCUUUAAAGCAGAUUCUGAUUUUGACUUGCUAACAAAAAAUUUCAUUAGACUAGAAGAUGAUUAUUCCAGGCUUUCGCAAAAAUACAAAAGUUUACUAAAAGAGAAAACUUUUCUAGAGUUGAAAUAUGGAAGUUCCGAAAACAUUGUUGGUAGCGAUAUAAGUAAAAAUAGCCAAUUAUCAAAAACCUCAACUGAAUCAGAUUUGGAGGCUUUAGAUGCAUUCUCAGCAUCCUUUGAAAAUAGCAAUUUAAAAAAUCUGAAAUCUGAAAAUUUACUUGAGAUAAUACUCAAUGGAAGAAACGAUUCUGCUGAUAAUGCUCAGAAAAUUGAUCCCAUUCCACUUCCCGUAAAAAAUACUAACAAUGAGAGGGUUGAAUUAUUGGAAUUUAAUGACAGUGUAGAUGAUUUAAAAACUGUUUUGAAUAAUGACGAUUCAAUAACCAUAGCUAGUGGAAUUUCACUACCUAAAAACAUAAAGCACAAUUCACACUUAGGACCCGAAGAAGCUCGUUCAUUAUUGGCCACAAUGAACAAUGAAAGUGUUGUCAGUUUAGAGUCAAACAUUGGUUCUAUCACACAAACAGUGAUUGGUGAAUUCCUUUAUAAGUAUUACAGAACCCUUGGUCCAUUAUCUGUCAUCUCUGAGAAUCGUCACAAGCGUUUCUUCUGGGUUCAUCCAUACACAUUGACACUUUAUUGGUCUGAUGGUAAUCCUAUUUGUGAUGAUCCAACAAAUACAAGAGUAAAGGCAAUAGCAAUCUCUGGUGUGGAGAGUGUGGAAGACAAUAAUCCAUUGCCACCAGGUCUUUACCAUAGGAGCAUCGUAAUAUAUUCAGGCUAUCUAGAAAUCAAAAUAUCCUGUCCAUCAAAAGAGCGAUAUAACGUUUGGCUUAAUUCAUUGCAGUUUCUCAUCGAAAAAAAUCCAAAUAAACCCAAGCCUUCAACCACUAGUGGAUACAUGAACACUUUCAAAAAAACACGAUCAAGAUCUCAGCUGUUGCUUAUUAGCAGAAAACACCUGGUACCAUUAAGGAAUAAUAAAUUUAAUAAUGUUUUGGAGCAUAUUCCUGAAAAUGAAGCCACUAUAAAAUUAAGACGAUCUGCUUCUUAUUCAGGGAUGAAUUUGAACAUCAAAAGCUCACCAAAAAACAAAUCAGGCUUUUUUUAACUCGAAGUAUUACCUCAAAAAAACUCUAUGACUAAAAUUUUCAUUAGAAACACAAUUUUUAAGAAGCUUAUCCAGUGCUUGUUUAUUUUCACUUAUCUGUCAUGAGAUUAAUGCAGUGCUUUAGCAUUAAUCCUGUGUCUUAUCUGAUAAAUCAUUUAUAUUAAGUUUUCAAGUCGAUAAUUAUAUUUAUUCA